AAUCACUUUUCUCUCUCAUAGAGAUCUAACCACCGUGAUUCAGCAGAACCACCGUCAAGCUUCACCACCAUCGCACACCUUCGACCACCGACACGCUCACACCAUCAACCACCAUCAAGCUUCACCGACGAAUUUGUCAUUCUGUCGAGCUUCUCACGCAUUCUCAACCACCGUCGAACUUCUGUCAGAACCACCGUCAAGCUCCACCGUCACGCAUUCUCAUUCCGUCGAGCUUCUCACGGAACUGAAUCUCACCGUCGAGCUUCACACUUCACUGAUCGAGCUUCACAAAUCCUUUUUCCUCUUUCGCUCACGCAGCUACUUGAUUUGAGCCAUUGCAAAGAUGUAUCUGAAGAAGGUAUUGUUCAUGUUUUAAUGAUAUGUUGUAACAUUAGACAUUUGAAUUUAACUCGUUGUUCAAGACUGAAGCUACAUACAUUGAACUUUGAAGUUCCCAAACUGGAGGUGUUGGACUUGUCAUUUACAAGAGUUGAAUAAAUCACUCUAUUGGAUCUCAAAGAGUUGUAGCGGGCUUUUGCAACUGUCACUUAAAUUUUGUGAAGGUGUCACAGACAAAUGAGUGACGCAUGUGGUUGAAAAAUGCACACAACUGAGAGAGGUCAAUUUGAAGUACUGUGAUAAGGUGCUAAUAAGUCGUUGCCUCGCAGCUCGGUAUCGUUUUUAAUCUCAAAGAGCGGAGACUCUUAUCACAUCAAGGAUGUCUUGUUUGCUAUGAAGUUUGAAUUGUGAAUUUAUAAUGUUUUUUGUUUUCAGAUUUACUUCUAUGAGAAAUUAGAAAUUAGAAGUAAUGGCUAAUGGGGAAACCUGUUAGUGAAACAUUGUCAUUCAGUGUUUUCACUCCAUACUAUAGUGAAACUGUGCUUUAUAGUACAUCUGAAUUGCAAAAGGAGAAUGAAGAUGGAAUAUCUACUCUAUUCUAUCUUCAAAAGAUAUUUCCAGAAUUGAACUUUGCUCUCUUCACUCAGAAAAACACUAAUACAAUGUUAUAUUUCGGAAUUUUUAAGGGAACCAUGACAACGACACAGUCCUAUUCGAAUGAAACAAGACGCAAAUGUUCAAACAUAUUUCAGAGUCUCUUCCACUCAUCUACGAUUCAUUAAAGGUAUUUUAUCUUUGUUACAAUGUUAAUUAUGAGGUAUUUUAUUUU